UAUGAGGUCGCAGGUUGUACUGCUGCUUUUUUGCAUGUUCUUUAUUGCAGCUCACAUACAAUCUGCCAGUGGGCUAAAGUGUUACUCCUGUGAGGGGAGCGACUGCUCGAAAACAAAAGAAUGUGGGACAUUGGAAAAUCGCUGCUACUCUGCUACAGCUAAAGUAGACAGCAAAACAGUUUCCAUGAAAGCAUGUGUAAAUGAGGCCUUCUGCGACGUGGCUAAACUACCUACCACUCCAGGAGUUUCUGUGGAGUCGGUAAAGUGCUGUGAUGGGAACCUGUGUAACGGAGCUGAGACGUUUACUCUGAGUUUCCUGAUCUUGUUGGUUCCUCUGCUCUCCUCCAUCCUCCUCCACUGAGCUCUCCACUGAUGAAGCAGUUUCAUUAAAGUUUAAU